AUGCUGUUGCCCUUUCAGAGGAAACGUCUUAAGGCAGAAGCGCUGUGGACGACUCAGCCGAGAACUGCGCGUGCAGGGACAGCCACGCGUCAGGCGGCACAGAUUCCCGCCGCGGCGGCACGCCCAACGUCUUCUGUCUCCGCGCCCAGGUCGGAUCCCUCCGCGCCCCGCGGCAACGCAAACUCCCUGAGCCCCGGCAAGCGCCAGGUCGAGGAGGGCGGGCCCGCCAAGGGUCAAGCGAAAACGACAGGCGAGACAGCCAAUCGAGACGCGGGAUCGGGCGGCAGCGAUGUGGCGAGCCAAUGGGCGCCGCGGAGGGCCUGGCCGGGUGGAGGAAGCGCGGGGGCGACGGCGGGCGUCGUCGUGGCCGAGGAGAUUUUCGGGGCGCGGGCCGUCCAGCCCGGUGGUGUCUUCGGGAAGGUCAUCGGAAGGCGUUCCGCCGCCUACGUCAUCGACGAGGAGUGCCUUGUGUUCCUCGAUCUUUCCGCCCACGCCCCGCCGCUUUUCCUGGUCAUGCCCGCGGAGCCAAUUAUCAGGUUAUCUAAAGCAGAAGAUUCUGGCCAAUCCCUUCCUGGGCGUUUGGUGACUGUCGGCAAGAAGCGUGCCGCUCGCCUGGGCCUGAGCGAUGGAUUCCGGGUGGCUGUGGAUGAAGGGCCCGAGGGUGGGCAGUCCGCCUCUCGCGUACAUCUACGUAUUGCGGGCGGCCAUCGUUUGGGCUGGCCGCCUGGCUAAGAUGCUUGCCGCGCAAGAGUUGCUGCAGGUGGACAAAUCGGCACCGAAUGGAUUUCGUCUGUUGCCCGUCGA